CUUACCAAGCAGCACAAGAUAUUCCAGCUUCAGUUAAUGUGAAACGUUUUUUGUGUGCGGACGUGUCGGCGGAUUGUGAAGCAGCGACGUUGUAUCACAGUUAACGUUGAAGUGUUUUCUUAAUUAUUUUCUCUCAGCAUUCCUAUUGGAGCGAGAUCACCAACCUUGUUCUUGUUUUUUUUUUUUUUUUGUUUUGGUGACUAGCGUGCAUAUGUAUGCAUAAGUAUGUGUUAAUCGCCAUGUCAGCGUGAGUGUUUUACAUAAACGUAGCUAACGAAAAUUGUAAACAAAACAGAAGCGGUAAGAGAACUUGGCAUUUUUGGAUAUAUGCUUGGGUGUGAGCGCGAGAAUACAAACCAAGAAUAGCAAAGCAAAGCGGCGGCUGAGCAAGUGACAUGAAAAUGAUCGGCAGCGAUUACGUACUGGAGGCGCAUAACAUUUUCCAUACCACAGAGGUGGAUGGCGGUGGCUGCUUCAAUGGCGGCGGCAGCUCGGCGCUUGUGCUCAAAGGUGUCAAUUUAACUGUCCACAGUGGCGAAGUGAUGGCCAUUCUGGGUUCGAAAGGAAGCGGUAAGCGUGCUUUGUUGGAUGUCAUUGCACGCCGUGCAGAUGGUAUGACGCGUGGUCAAGUAUUACUCAAUGGCUCACCGCUGACUAGAGGCCUCUUCCAGCAACGGUGCGGCUAUGUGACACAAUCAUGCACUUUCAUACCUGGACUGACGGUGGCGCAAACGCUACAUUAUACGCCAACAAUACUUUCGGGAUAUUUGAAAAGUUCAAAAGUACGCCAAGUCCUUGCCGAUUUGGCGCUAUCUCAAGUGGCUCACAAGCGUGUCGAAUAUUUGAAUAUGAGUGAGGCGCGUCGUUUAGCUAUUGGCAUACAACUUGUCAGAGAUCCUGUAAUGCUCCUUCUCGACGAACCCACCCAGGAUUUAGAUCCACUCAGCGCUUAUUUGCUCAUAUCAAUACUUUCGAACAGCGCCAAGAAAACUGGUUGUGGCAUUUUGCUAUCCUUGGAAAAGCCACGCUCCGAUGUAUUUCCCUUCCUCGAUCGCGCGCUUUUCCUUUGUCUGGGUGGUGUAGUUUACUCUGGCGGUACGCGUGCAAUGCUGGAAUAUUUUCAUAGUAUUGGAUUUCCAUGUCCGCAACUCGAGAACCCCCUGAUGUAUUAUCUCUGCUUGUCAACCGUGGAUCGCAGAAGCCGCGAUCGCUUUUUGGAGUCCAGCCAACAGAUUGAAGCCUUGGUGGAGCGCUUUUCACGCGAAACUCCCCUAACUGAUGCGCCACUUAACACAAUGGGCAACGGUAAAGUACCGCUGGCCUAUGGAAAACCUGGCGAACUAAAAGUUUGGAUUAUGUUGUAUUUAAAAUUGCUUGCUUCUACGUUCUCCUGUGGCAUGGCUGGCAUGAAAGCACUCUUUUUGCGUCUACUGUUACUACCGUUGGCGAUGGCGCUUAUGUGGCUCUUCUACACAAAUGUUGGCGAUGAUUCGCAUGGCUUCUUCAGCAAAAACGGCAUGAUACUCAAUAUUAUUGGCUUGGCAUAUGGCUGUGGCAUUCUCAGCACAAUCUCACUAUUUCCAAUCUGGCGCAAAAGAUUUUCACAGGAUACACCCGAAGGCCUGUACUCAGGCGCCACGCUGCUCAUCGCCUACAACUCCAUUGCAAUUCCAUUCUCUUUAAUAUCUGCAAUGUUCGCCAGCUGUGUCAUUUAUCCUUUGUUGCUGGAUCCCAAAUUCCCGAAUGGCACCAUUUUCAUAUAUUUGCUGGUGGCCUUGUGGUCCAGCUUUGUGCUCGCCGAACAGUUGAGCAUCGCAUUCUUGUUGCUUGUUAAGGUGCCCUUUAAUGCCGCCAUUGCAGUCACUUACAUACUCGUGAUUAGCAUAUCCUUAGCCAGUGGUACGGUGCGCUCGUUUAAAGGUUUGCAGCCGUGGUUGCAGGACAAUACAAAAGGCACACACACACGUUAUGUGUCCUCAUUGUUGCACAGCAUUGCUUUCCAAUCGCGUAAAAUGAACUGUAUACCCACCGCGUCCGUCAUAUGCCCCAAGCCUACGGAUUUUCUACACGAACGACUCGGCAUGGCUGAUCCCGAUGAAACAAUUGAUGUGGCCGCUUCGUGUGCUUUUGCCGUUGGUUUGGCUGCCUUUAAUAUGUUGCUCUAUUUGUUCCCGAUGCCGAGAUGUGUGAGACAGAAAUUUAAAGACUGAAUCAAUGGUAGAAACGAGGAAAUAUUUAUCCGUUCGCAGCUCCACUUAAUUGCAUUUAAGGACAAGACGUUUUACGCGUAAAAUAUAUAGACAAACAUGUAUUGAUAUUUUUUAAUAAUAUAAGUGACUUUUGAAGCCUAUGAGGAUUUCCUACUGCUCCUCGGGAUGGGUUUCUUAUUAUCCACUGCAUAUAUCAGAGGAUAUCAGCCACUAAUCUUGCUACCCAUUUUAAAAUGCUCUUGCACCAACUUUGCUAUCAAUCAAGUCUUGAAGCGUAGGCAAAUAGUAUACAAUAAGUAUGUAUGUAUGUAGCUUAGAGUGGUGCAAAAUUACAUGGGAGUAGUUUAAAAU